AGCACAUCAUGGCCCCGUCAACGUACACACGCAUUACCCUGCAAGAGCGGCCCACGGGCGACAUCACGCCCAAGACCUUCCGUGUUGAAAAGGUACCGUUCGACCUGAAGCCGAAGCAGAACGAGGUGCUCGUGAAGACGCUGUACUUGUCGCUGGACCCGGCGCAGCGCACGUGGAUAAAUACUAGCGGAGGCUACAUGGAACCUGUCAAGAUUGGCGACGUUAUGCGCAGUGGCGGUCUAGGUGUUGUGGUUGAGGCGGGCCCGGGGAGCCAGCUGAAAGUCGGGGAUAUAGUCGAUGGCUUCCUAGGUUGGAGGGACUACGGUAUCCACGCGCACGAACAUAAGACCGUGCGAAAAGUCGAGGUUCCUCAAGGUUGUGAGCUAAUUGACCUGUUGGGCCCUCUGGGAUUAACGGGUCUCACCGCCUACUUUGGUCUGUUCGAUGUUGGCAAAAUCAAGGCUGGCGAGACGUUGGUUGUUUCUGGUGCUGCAGGAGCCACAGGCUCUGUGGUCUGCCAGCUUGGCAAGAAGGUCGGAGCCAAGGUUAUCGCCAUCGCAGGUUCCAAGGAGAAGUGUGACUGGCUCGAGAAAGACCUUGGCGUCGACAAGGCUAUCAACUACAAGAGCCCAACCUUCCGGAAGGACUUCGUCGAGGCCGUUGGGUACUUGGAUGUAUAUUUUGACAAUGUCGGAGGCGAUAUCCUCGAUUUGGCUCUCAGAAGGCUGAAUCAGGGUGCACGGGUCGCGCUUUGUGGAGGAAUCGCAGCUUAUAACUCACCACCAAAGGGCAUUACCGAAUACCUCAACCUCAUUGCCAAGAGAGCCGUCAUCGAGGGCUUCCUGGUCCUUGACUACGCGCACCGCUGGACACAAGCACGACAGGAGCUGUCUAAGAUGAUUCAAGAAGGAACACUGAAGCGACAGUUCCACGUCGUCGAAGGAAUCGAGAAGUGUCCGGAGGCGCUACCACUGCUCUUCUCUGGAGGCAACGCCGGGAAGCUAAUCGUCAAAGUCACGGACGAACAGACUUUAGCAAAGCUGUAGAGUGCGUAGAACACGUCGUGGAAAGCCGCGCUGCCAGGUGUCGGCUGUGCGUUGAUAGCGUCUGGUAGUACGCGGACCCGACAUGUCGUACAUGGUCUGAUCGGCACGGUGGAAAACGUAACGUCUAGCUAUAUCGCGUGGAAGCCGAAUGUAAUCUACGGAUGGUUCAUAACGUUAUAACAUGAUUUGGAGUGUUGUGUGU